AUGGACGCAUUUCUUUCCCAACCAACAUCACAUUCUCAUGCUCCCCAACCUGAUCGUAUUCCGGCUAUUCAAUUACAGAACGAAAUUAAAGCUCGUGCUGCGACGACAGAUGAAUCUACCAGCUCAAUUCUUCAUUCGGCCUUCCGAACAUACCCUCUAAGUGCUGUUGGUACACUUCCAAAAAAUGACACACUUAUUCUCACAAUCCGACGACAACGAACUGUUGAAACAGUCGAUGCUGAUGGUCGUUUACCAGAAAAUUUAAAGAAGACAUAUCGUAGUGAAGAUUUCAUCUUACACGAAGAUGAACAUUUAAUUAUCUUCACAACAAAAACUAAUUUAUCAAUUCUGAAACAAAACAAACAUUGGUUCGCUGACGGAACAUUUAAGGUAUGUCCGGAUGAUUAUUAUCAACUUUUUACAUUACACGCAAUGAUGACGAAUGCAAUUAUUCCUCUCGUCUAUGGAUUGUUAAUUGGUAAGAGCAACGAUGAUUACAAUCAAUUUUUUGAAAAAUUAUUCGAACAAGACAAUUUUCAACCUGAAUCGGUUAUGACUGAUUACGAAGGCGGCACAAUCAAAUCAGUCAAAGAGAUGUUACCUAACGUUCUACACAAGGGAUGUCUCUUUCAUUUUUCACAAGCGGUAUGGCGACAAGUUCAAAACAAAGGAUUGGUCACAAAAUAUAGAGAAGAUGAGUCCUUUCGUUUAAAAAUAAAAAAGUUAAUUGCUCUUGCUUUUCUUCCAGUAGAUGACAUCACAACUGCAUUUAACUUAAUUGUCGAUGAAUUCGAUGAAGAGGCCGACGAUCUACUUGAAUAUUUUGAAAAAACUUGGAUUGGUGAACCAAAAAGAAGAGGAACUGGUCGAAAGAAGCCUCUUUUUGAUCACAAAUUAUGGAAUAUUCAUGAUCGAGUUACCGCUGCUGUACCUCGUUCAAACAAUUCGGUGGAAGGCUGGCAUAAUGCAUUUGCCAAUCGUGUCUCAAUUAGUCAUCCAACGAUUAUCAAGUUAACAGAGAAAAUUCGUCGUGAACAAUCCAAAUUCGAAGUUGAUAUAGCGAAGAUUCUUCAAGGUCAUGAUAUCAAGACGAAGAAAGCAUGUUAUCGAAGAUUGGACGAACGUAUUACUCGACUGGUCAAUGCUUACGAUUCAUCUCAACUGGACCAAUUCUUAACAAAUAUGGCAGCCAAUGUUACUAUGUAG